ACUGACUGGUAUACACAAGCUGGACGCACGCAACGAAAGAGACGAAUUUUAAGACUCACUUGACCACGUUGGGCCUGCAUCCAAGGAAACAACAACUAUCUACUUUAACUAUUGAUUACGAUACAAGAAAGUCUCGGUUUGGCGUAUUGUACCUGAAAACUGUGAUAUAUCUAUAAUUAAGUAAAGGAGUCGUUAUCGCAGAGGAUGAAAUUCCCGCGAUAGGCAGAAUGAUGGAGCGUGACUACUUGUAGAGUGAUCGAGGGGUGGGGGGAGAGAGACCGUUUAUUUUAAUCGCCUAUGUUGUUACGUGACAGUGAAAUGGUCGCUUGGAGGGGAUAGACUCCUACCUAGAACGAUAUAGGUGACUUUUCGAGGAGUGGGAGUUACAGGCUCACGUGUUUUCAAACGUGCUACGAGAUGAGGUCCAGUUCGUACUUGCGAAGAUUGUGAACGACACGAUUUCGGUCUGUACUAGCGUAACCAUCGCGGGAUCUCGUCUCGCGAGUGUUUUAUAUCAAAUUCGUAUUAUAGAUCGACGAUUCUAAAUGAAAAGUUUUUCAAGUUGAUCAAAUAAUCUCACUUCUCGUUUAUUUUAUUCGUUUAAUAAAAAUAUCACAAAGUGCUUUGAUCUACCAAUAAAAAAAUUGAACAUCCUCGCGCGAACUGUAAUAUUUUUCUACAUUUUCUUUUUACCAUUCUUACGUAUAGGACAAUCAUAUCAUUCUUUUUCUUCUGUUUUUUUCUUUUUUCUAUUUUCUCUCUUUUUCCUUUCUAUUUUCGAUUCCUUUCGUAUUCAUUUUAUAUCUAUCGUUCGAAGUGCGAAUUAUGAAACAAACGAGCAUUCUUACCACAUUAGUGGUGUGAUUCAACGCUUACAGAGAACGAGAGAGAAAGAAAGAGAGACAGAGUUCUUCCUUAAUAAGAAUUUUACGAUUCAAAGAAGACGACAUGGAAGAAACAUCUGCCGAAAAUGCAAAAGUUUCGGACUCUGGUUAUUCAAACACCUGCAGCAACAGCCAGUCUCAACGAAGUAGUGGCAGUUCAAUAUCCAGGAACAGCAAUCGUUCGGAAAGUAGUGGCUAUUGCGGUAGACGUCCUUCGACCUUUGGCUCGAGCAAUGAGGCACUACCACAACCGAUCAGCAAAAGAAAGGAUAAAGAAUACAAGAAGAAGAAAUCAAAAACGUCUUUGGCCGUUAAUACCGAGGCAGAAAUUACUCUGAGAAGUAUCGGAACACCGCCGGAUAAUGCGUCCUAUAAUCUCGUCACCUCAACGAAGCCAAUACUUGAGAAACAAACAGAAAUAGCAACUGUAGAAUUGGUGGAUGCAACGGAUCCAGGCGAACACAACGGCGAUAUUCUGACAGACAGUCCGGAAGCAGGACUUGCUUCUCGGACGAAUCUUCUGGAUGAUACAAGUUCACAAGCAAAUGAUGGAUUUUGCGCGGUGAUAUCAAUGCAUGACGGCCUCGUGCUGUACACAACACCCUCGAUAUGCACAGCUUUAGGGUACCCCAAGGACACAUGGAUUGGUCGUUCCUUCAUCGAUUAUGUACAUCCUAAAGAUAAGGCUACAUUAGCUGAUCAAAUAACGAGCGGCAUAACAUCGCCUCAAGAGGAUCGUCCAAAAGGAAUUAAUGGAAGAAGAGCAAGUUUGUUUUGUGGAUUACGUAAGAAUGUCAAGAUUGAUAACAAUAUCUCGAACAAGGAUCAGGAAAACGCCAGAUCGAAUCUUUACCUUCCAUUUCAUUUGACACUGACCUUCCGAGAUUUUCGUGAUCGAGCUGUCGAGCAACAACCAAGAGCAAUGUUUCUAGUCGUUACUGCCCAACCUGUGCACUCAGCGUACAAAGCGCCAGAAGAAACAAUAAUAUCUUCGAUAUUUACAACUCGGCAUACUGCUACUUGCCAUUUAUCUCAUGUCGAUCCUGAUGUUGUCCAAUACUUGGGCUAUUUGCCUCAGGACAUGGUUGAACGUUCACUGUUUGAUUUUUAUCAUCCCGAGGAUCUACCCUUCAUCAAAGACAUCUAUGAAACUGUGAUCAAGUUGGAAGGAUCCUCCUUCCGAUCGAAACCCUACAGAUUCGCUGCCCAAAAUAAAAGCUACGUCGUCCUUGAAACCGAAUGGUCGUCGUUUAUCAAUCCCUGGACGAAAAAACUAGAAUUUGUCGUAGGUCAGCAUAGAGUAUUGAAGGGACCUAUGGAUCCUGAUAUUUUUCGAGUACCACCUAAAAACGAAUUCGCGUCUCUGGCUAAUAUCAGCGAAGAGGUACUGAAAGAAUCCAAGAUCAUACAGAACGAGAUACGUACUCUUCUAGAUGAGAGCAUCCAAAGGACAUCAGAUAUUAUCGAGCACGAUGUCUCGGAAAGGUGUAAGGACCUUGCGUCCUUCAUGGAAAAUUUACUGCAAGAAGUGAGGACACCGGCUCUUGGCAAGGAUACUCUAGCCGCGGACGACAGAAGUUUUUCGGGAUCACGCAAUCCCUUGUUACAGGAGCACGACAGCGUAAUGCUUGGUGAGAUAUCGCCUCAUCACGAAUACUACGAUAGUAAAUCAUCUACGGAAACACCACCCAGUUACAAUCAGCUUAAUUACAAUGAAAACAUCGAGAGAUUUUUCAAGAGUAAACCACCAGUUGCAUUCAUGUAUGAUAGCGACGAGGAGAUGAUGAAUUCGAGCAACGACGAGGGCGAUAAAACUUGUCCUACCUCAACAGUGAGAAAAUGUAUGUCACCGAUAAAUGGAAGCGGUGCUAGUGGUAGUGUAAGCGCUGAAAAUCUUAGCAACGGUUCCAACAAUUUACUUAACUCUGUUAGCAGAGGUAAUACUUCAAAUACCACGAAUAGCAACACCACCACUACGACUGAGAGUUUUAAACAACCGACUCUAACCGAAUCACUUUUAAAUCGUCAUAACGCGGAUAUGGAGAAGAUGAUGAUGCAAAAGCAUCGGGAAUUACGAUCAAGUAUAAAGAAUAAUGAUAAGUUAAAAGAUAUACGUAUAAAAACGUCGAUCGAAAAGAUGUCCGUGGAUCAAAAUAAUUAUUACGUCGGUCAAUGUCACGGUGUCAAGAGAAGUGGCAGUCAUAGCUGGGAAGGUGAUAGCUUCAAGGUUUCGAAACACGAUGAAGUUUCCAGGACGAGCACUGCCGGUCCAUUGCCAACGAAUGUUACUACUACUGUCACGAGUAUGAGCGUUGAUCAAACAUCCACGAUGUUUCAAACCAAUGGGAAUAUCAAUUUGUGGCCUCCUUUAUCUGUAACUGUACCAUCAGCAACUCCUAUUCCACCAUGUACUUCGCCUCAAAAUGCCAAUUGUCAGGCUAUACCAAGGAUUCCAAUGAUUCCAAUGAUUCCACAAAUGAUACCUGUAUAUUACAUGCCUGUACCACAACCGAUGGAUACUCCUAUAUCAACAGCAAAAUAUUCUCAACCACCGACAAAUGUUGCCCCUCCAUCGUCAUCUCUGCCAAUGCCGCAAAAAAGUCCGUAUAGAAAAUCGGGAACUUAUAAGAGGAAUGGAGUGUUUGUUCCAGUACCGUAUGUCGCGACAGCAAUGCCCAACGUUAUGUAUCCUCCGGUGAUCGGUACUUCUGCUCCUGGAACGAUGAUGUAUCGACCUUUUUUAAUACCCGAACAAGCUCCUAUGCCACAAGAAAAUAAACCCACGAAUAAAUGUAUGGACAGAAAACGACCAGCUAGUCAAGCAACAAGCAUCAAGGCUGAACCAGGCAGCAUUAUGGCUAUGUCUGAAUCAUCGAAAAAAGUGUUAUCACCAGGUGAGCUCUUUUCUUCUUGCAUCAGUAACGACGGUGGUUGCUCCAGUGUUGUGGACUUACCAACACCAAUAAAUAACAAACAACAUAGGAAAAUUGAUUACAAUGGUGACGAGUCUAGUUCUUCGAGUUUUUAUAGUAGUCUCCUGUCUAAAAGUAGUGAAAGUAGUUGCAAUCCUGAUCAAAAGACAGCUGAACAAGUUGCAAAGAACUCAAAACAACCAGCAAAAGCAAAACAUGCAAUACACAGGAAAGAUCCACCUUGGUUAGAAGGAGUCCAGUUAACACCAGAAUUGAUAUAUGAGUAUCAAAUUCAUCCAAAGACUUUAAACGAAGUACUCAAAGCCGAUAUGGACACUUUGAAGAAAAUUAACCAGCCGUUAUUAGUGAACGAACAGUUAGGCCAACUUUAUUUUGAUUUGGAACUCGAAGGAUUUGGAACAAAAUUAAUACUCGAGGAUGGAAUAACUUCUAGCGAAAGUGAUAGUGGAAGCAGUAGUAGCAGUUGGAUGGGUCUUACAUCUCAGAAGCCAAAGUCGUUAUAAAUAUAAUUGCAGCAUAAACAAAGAAGAAAAAUGGUGAAAUAUGCUAGACUGAUGAUGAUUCAUGAGGAAAACGCACCUUUGCCGCCACCGUUACCUUCUUAGACAGUAUCCUGCCAGCAAACAUAGCAAUAUCAAUUUUUUGUGCAUUUCGAAUUCCGAAAAAAUUGAUUCUGUAAUGAAAUUCACUGAAAUAUUUUUCAAUCACAAUGAUACCUCCAAACGCAAAUGUUUUCAUACGGGCACCAUACAAUUUUUCAGCACAAAAGAAAAAAGAAAGAAAUGGAAAUGGUGAGCCUUAUCAUAGAAAUACUUUCAUAUUAUUCACGUUUAUUUUUUCUUUUUUUUUUUUUUUUUUUUUUUUACUGUUUUUAGAUUUCAAUGUACAUAACUUAUAAUUACUUAAACAUUCAACUCCAAAGCUAUAUAUAUUUUUUUAAUUACAUCAGGGGAAUGUAUCCUCGAACGCAUUUGACGUUCCGAGUGCCUCGAGUAUAUAUAUAUAUAUAUAUAUAUAUAUAUAUAUAUAUAUAUAUAUAUAUAUAUAUAUAUAUAUAUAGUUAUAAUUAUUUUAAUUAUUUUAUUUAAUUAAUUAUUAUAUUAUAGAUAGAAAAAAUAGUUAAUGAGAUUAAUUAUAUAAGUUAAUGAUAUGUUUAAUUGUACUUAGAAAAUGCUUAACAAUUAAUUAAAACACAUUGAGUAUCUUAAAUGUACAUGUUACGACUAAAAUUGUUAUCUAUAUGAUUUUUAAUAUUAUAUUUUCAUUAAAAAAAAAAAAGAAGAUAUUUUUUUCUGAUUAUUAAUAUUUAAUAUACAAAAUCUAUUUCCAAUUAUUCCGUUUGUAUUCAAUUUAGCGCGAUAUUAUAUUUUAGAGUAAUAUUAUCAUGUUUUUAUAUUGUAUUAAUAGAGAAAAAAGAGAAUUAAUAUCUGCAUUAUUUAUAACUCUAAUUAUACAUGUAGAACUUUUGCUGUUUUUCUACAAGCAAAUAUUUGCAUGAUGGUGUUCUGCAAACACUUUCAUAAAUAAAAUUACGUAAUAUAAAAUUAAAAAACAUAUAAGUAAUAUUUUUAUUGUUAAAAAUAAAAAAAGAAAGAGUAAAACAUAUAUUAAAAGUACUAUUUUCAUAUAUGUUACAAGCGUAUAUAUCUGAUAUGAUUAUAUUUGUAAAUUAUUAUAUAGGUAUUCUUUUUCUUUAAUGAUAAAAAAAAUAAUAUGAAAAAGUAAAUAUUUUAUAUACCAUUUAGUUAUAGAUAUACAAUUGCAUGAUGAUCAUUUUAUUAUCAGCUUGGUGUAUUUGAAAAGUGCAGAAAAUAUUUGGUUACCAGCUGUUUGAGUGUUCCUCUACGUAAUAUAUCAAUUUUCUCUUAAAAUCAAUCAAUCCAACAAAUGUAUUGAUAUUCGUAUAUAUAUAUCAAACUCUCCUGAUCUAGUCUAAAAUUGAAAUAAAACAUUCUUAAAGAUCUAUUUGAAGAUCUUAAGGAUGUAUAUUUUAUUAAUAAUGAAAAAAUGAGAGUUAAUCAUGGCGCUGGGUUCUUCACAUAUCUUUUUAUACACUUUUAUAAGAAUAUUGUUAUACUAGAUUAUUUUUAUUAUAGAAUAUAUAUAACUUUCAUUAUACAAAAUAUUCAAAUGUGAUAAGAUUUUCAAGUGUAGAAUCCAGGACAUGAUUUUUUUCAUAUUUUAAUAAUAAUAAUAAUAAUAAUAAUAAUAAUAAUAAUAAUAAUAAUAAUAAUAAUAAUAAUAAAAAAGAAAAAAGAAUUGUUCGUUAUAGAGUUAGCACAAAACAGAGUGGUGUGUUUUUUUCAAUACAUCAAUUCCUUAGCUUUUUAAAAACGCGCACUGCUGCAGAUAUAUUUUGUAUCUACAUCAUUUUUGAUAAACACAAUUGAUUUUUGUAUGGCUUGUAAAAGUACAAAGAAAAACAACUAUACAAAGAAUUCCAUAAUCUGUAUCAAUAUUUUCUCUUUAUAUUUAAACUACAAGUAAAUUUAUCAUAUAUAAAUUUAAGCAAGAUAACGAUUUCAUACAAAUUAUUUAUUUAUUGUUUGAAUAUAUAAAUGUAACAAAAAUGUCGAUAAACAUUGUGUGAAAAGAAGUUAUAUCAGAAAAACUUUGUUCAUUUAAAAGUCAGAUAAAAAAGUUUAGAAAGAUGUAAGUGUAUAUAAUAAUAUAAAUGAUAUAGAGAUUUUUAUUAAGAAGACCUGUAAUUGUGCAGUCUGAUUUCUUCUAUAAGUACAGACAAAUAUAUAUUACAGUAUUCGAUUAUCUUCUUCUUGUACAAUUUUUAUCCUUAUACAUAUACAAUAUAAAAUCGUAGUUUAUAUUUAGAUAUAAUUUUUGACAUAAACUUUUGCAUUUCGGUAUAUCUAUCCUCAAUAAAUACAAUCUGCACGAAGAACAUAAAACUUUAAAGUAAAUAAACCAAUAAGUAUUGAAGUUUUUGCUGUAUAAAUAUAAAUUUGUAAAUAUAUAAAUUACAUAUAUAUAUAUAUAUAUAUAUAUAUAUAUAUAUAUAUACAUGCCUACAUAUAUAUGUACGAUUGUAUUUAGAAUUAUGUCCGCCUUCAAAGUGUCUUCACUUUUCAUUAAGAACGAAGAAUACAUUUUUUUUCUUUUGAUAUUAUUCUUUGUAUAAUACUUUUUAUCGUAAUAAUAAACAAGUGUAUUCUUUUUUCUUUUUGACAAUUCAUAAAUAGAUCUUUUUCUAUUCUAACAAAAAUAUCUAAAACAAUCAUUAAAAUUCUAUAGCUAUAUUGGAAAAGUGAAGAAGUGAAAAGAAAAGAAUAUUGAAUAGAAUAUUUUUAAGCCUUAAUAAAUAAUAUUAUUUGUAAUAUUAUUUUUAAGCCUUAAUAAAUCUGCGUGUGAUACACAAAAACAAUUGUAUAAUAUAGAAUAAUUAAUGAAUUCUAUCAUGAAGACAUCACAUGUUACGUUUAUAUGAUAUUUUAAGCAAAAUUUAAAUGUAUUUUAAAAUAUACAAUUAUAAAUCCGUCA